UCUGCAGCAGUAUCUGCAGCAGCUCAGCUCAACCACAGAAUACAUCACAUUUCUGAGACGAUGCCCUGUCUCUUAACUCUUUAACUGUCUUCAUUUGGCUCUGUAAAGCCCGUGAAGACUCUGGAAUGGUUUCGGAGGAUGGAAACGGACGACGUGUCGGUUAGAGAGCAACUUUUCCACAACCGUGUCCGUGAGACUAUAAUUUGUGUGCUCCUGUUUACGUGCCUUUACAUAGUCUCCUACCUCAUACUAACCCACUUCAAGAAGACUGCUGAGUAUGUCACAGAUGAUAUUGAAGAUGCCACCGUCAACAAAAUUGCGUUGUGGUUGUGUACGUUCACCCUGUCUGUUGCAGUGUGUGCCGUUCUCCUUCUACCCAUCUCCAUUUUGUCCAAUGAGGUGCUGCUCACCUUCCCACACAGCUACUACAUGCAGUGGUUAAAUGGAUCACUUAUCCAUGGCUUGUGGAACCUAGUUUUUCUUUUCUCAAAUUUGUCCCUGGUCUUCCUUAUGCCGUUUGCCUACUUCUUCACGGAGUCCGAGGGAUUUGUGGGAUCCAAAAAGGGGGUGAUGGCACGAGUGUACGAAGCAGUUGUACUGCUAUUGCUGCUGGCCUUGCUCGUGCUGGGCAUUGUGUGGGUGGCUUCAGCCUUUCUCCAUGACAACAUAGCCAGAAAGAGCCUCUACGACCUGUGGGAGUAUUACCUUCCCUACCUGUACUCAGGCAUUUCCUUGUGUGGAGUAUUGCUGCUUUUAUUGUGCACUCCCUUUGGGUUGUCCCGGAUGUUUAGUGUAACAGGCAGCCUACUGGUCAAACCACGGCUGUUGGAAGAUGUAGAAGAUACACUGAGCUGCACCACGUUUGAAGAGGACUCACUCUCCAGGAAAAUGAAAUGCGGAAGUCCAUCAUGCUGGAUCAAGCUCAACACAGAAGCAAUGAGAAAAGAGUACCAAACAGUACGGGGCAAGCGCAUCGCUCUGGAGAUGCGUAGGAAAGCGUCACCAUGGCAGCGAAACUUGGGCUAUCCGCUGGCCAUGCUUGUGCUCCUUGCACUGACGGUGAUGUGUGUGCUGAUGGUCUGUUUCAAUGUGUUGGAGUUGCUCCUGGAUGAGAAGGCUUUGCCUAGAGGGAUGGAGGACCCGCACCUGGGAAUGGCCUCCUUUUCCAUGUUUGGCUCUCUCGGUGCUGCAGUUCAAGUUGUCCUUAUCCUCUACCUAAUGGUUUCCUCAGUAGUGGGUUUCUAUAGUUCUCCUCUCUUCACUGGCCUCCUCCCUCGUGCACAGGACACAAACCUCACUCAGAUUAUUGCAAACUGUGUUUCACUGCUUAUCCUGAGCUCUGCACUGCCUGUUUUUUCACGCACACUUGGGAUCACCCGCUUUGAUCUGCUGGGAGACUUUGGUCGGUAUAACUGGCUCGGGAACUUCUACAUUGUCUUCAUGUACAACAUGCUGUUCGCUGGUCUCACCUCUGCCUCUCUCAUCAAAACGGUCACCUGGGCAGUUCAGAGAGAGCUCAUCCGUGCCUUUGGUCUCCACAAACUGCCUUUAACUGUGUCACGGUCCACUGUCCCCUUCAGGCUCCUUCUGGCCAGUGGACUCUCUAAGAUCCAGUGACGACUUUUCCUCCUGACCACAGCCUUUACCAACCUUUUAAAAACUGAGCCAUUUCAAAUGUGCAACUAUGGGAUUAAACGCAUUUGUAGUUCAGGCCCUUCUUGGGUGUUGGGACAUCGGUGAGCUCUCGCCAUUUUAUAAAGAGACUGGAGAACAUCUGUCCACACCUGUCACCAAUUUAUCAGGGUCCAAAUGUGUGCAGUUUGACUGCAUGGACAGGUCCUGGUGCCUGUGCUUAGUUGAUUCAUGGUCAUAAAUGGAACAAGGGGAAAAAGCUACAUAGGCAGCUCUCCUACAGUGGACCAUAACAGAGCAAUCCCUCACAGACCUGUUGCCUUUUAUGAAAAGAGGAAUCAUCGGAGAGCUGUUGCUCUGUUGACAUAUGUGAAAGUCAGCAGAGUUAUUUUGAAAUAUUACAUUGUCGCUCUGACAUCAUUUCCUCUUCCUGCUUCAGGUCGAUCAAGUGCUCUCUCUUUCUCAGUGGCUUCCCCACACUUUCCUCUCUUACACUGUACCACUAUUUUAAGAUUGGAAAUCUUACUUCCAUGUGUUUAGUGGCUCAGUCUGAAACAGUGUUGUCCAUAAAUGAGAGGAAGUAACAUAGGACACUUAGUACCUUGUCUGUCAUCUACUUAAUGCAGGGACCGUAGGACAGUGAGGUAGUCGUUUGAAUAUCAGGGUUGUUUUUCUCUUUUUUUUUUUUUUACAAAGCCAGUUUACGUGUAGACGAGGACCUUUUCAUGGUGAUUGAUUAUCAAGCAAAGUGAUUAGUUUAGGAUGAGUCUAUGUUUUUCAAAGGCACACUAAAGAAAAAGCUUUAUUUUUAGUCUAUGCAACAGAUUUGAAUGUCAUGUGACACUCGCUAGGACAAACUCGUGCCUUGGACCAAUCACACUGUGAAUUGCCUAGAAUUUAUGAGGGGACGUGCAAUAUUUUAUAUGUAAAAAGCACACUUUAUAUAUACCAAAAGUAAUAUUUUUUUUUAUUUUCUAUGUGCUUUCUGUGAAGUAUUUUUUUUUUAAUUCCUUUAUAGGGUUUCACCCAGUAAUUUGAAAAACAAUCAGUCAAUCCAUGCAGCCAGUUUUUACAUUUUUUCCAUUACCAGCAGGGUGCAGUGUCUCUCAAAACCAACACAACAACGGUGUCGUGUAAGGUUCUCCCUCCCUCUUGUCAGUUAUAUGCACA